CAAUCCCUCUUGACGCCACGCCACUCCACUCCGGACCAAUGGAUCCUACUCCGGCUGAUUCGCCGUCAGCCGAAUCCCGGAUCGGCCGGAUCAACUCGGUCGUGGCAAAGUCCUGGCUCGGGAAGCGCUUCAAACUCGCCGAGCGAGGCUCCACCUUCACGACGGAGCUCCGCGCCGGCACCGCCACCUUCUUGACCAUGGCCUAUAUCCUCGCCGUCAACGCGUCCAUCCUCGUCGACUCCGGCGCCACCUGCUCCAUCUCCGACUGCAACAACCCCUCGCCGACGUGCAAGUUCCCCCCGGUCGACCCCGGCUACGCCGCCUGCCUCGGCCGCGUCCGCCGCGACCUAAUCGUCGCCACUGCCGCCUCGUCCAUCAUCGGCUCCGUCAUCAUGGGUGCCUUCGCCAACCUCCCCCUCGCCGUCGCCCCCGGCAUGGGCACAAACGCCUACUUCGCCUACACCGUCGUCGGCUUUCACGGCUCCGGCAGCAUCUCUUACGGCAACGCCCUCGCCGCCGUCUUCCUCGAGGGCCUCCUCUUCCUCCUCCUCGCCGCCCUCGGCUUCCGCUCCAAGCUCGCCAAGCUCGUCCCUCGCCCAGUCCGCAUCUCCUCCUCCGCCGGCAUCGGUCUCUUCUUGGCCUUCAUCGGGCUCCAGAACAACGAGGGCGUCGGCCUCGUAGGUUACUCCUCUUCCACCCUCGUCACCCUCGGCGCCUGCCCCCGCGACGCCCGCGCCUCCCUCGCCCCCGUCCGCUCCUUCUCCAACGGCACCGUCGAGCUCAUCCCCGGCGGCACAGUCUCCGGCGACAUCCUCUGCCUCCACGGCCGCAUGGAGAGCCCCACCUUCUGGCUCGCCGUCGUCGGCUUCCUCAUCAUCGCUUUCUGCCUCAUCAAGCGCAUCAAGGGCGCCUUGAUCUACGGCAUCAUCUUCGUCACCGCCGUCUCCUGGUUCCGCGGCACCGCCGUCACCGCCUUCCCCGACACCGCCGCUGGCGACGACGCCUACAGCUACUUCAAAAAGGUCGUCGACGUCCACCCCAUCCGCUCCACUGCUGGCGCCCUCAGCUUCUCGUCCAUCGGCCAGGGCCACUUCUGGGAGGCCCUCGUCACCUUCCUCUACGUCGACAUCCUCGACACCACCGGGACCCUCUACUCCAUGGCCCGCUUCGCCGGCUUCGUCGACGAGCACGGCGACUUCGAGGGCCAGUACUUCGCCUUCAUGUCCGACGCCACUGCCAUCGUCGCCGGCUCCCUCCUCGGCACCUCGCCGGUGACGGCGUUCGUCGAGUCCUCCACCGGGAUACGGGAGGGCGGAAGGACCGGGCUGACGGCGUUGACGGUGGCGGGAUACUUCUUCCUGGCGUUUUUCUUCACGCCGCUGCUGGCGUCGAUACCGGCGUGGGCGGUGGGGCCGCCGCUGGUGCUGGUGGGGGUGAUGAUGAUGAAAUCGGUGGCUGAGAUCGAUUGGGAGGACAUGAAGGAGGCGAUCCCGGCGUUCAUGACGCUACUCUUGAUGCCGCUGACCUACUCCAUCGCCUACGGUCUAAUCGGGGGGAUUGGGACCUACAUCGUCCUCCACUCUUGGGACUGGGCCUGGUCCGCCUGGUCCCACCUUCACCUGGGCCCCGCCGAUACAAAUACCUCGUCGGUUAUCGGUACCGCUGCUAAUAAUAUCGGCACUGCCAAUAAUAGUAACAGUGCCAUUAGCAGUGAUAAUGACCGGAAUGAGAAACCGAUUCAGGUCUAAGGCUGGGCAUCUGUCAUGUGAAGGGAUUGUUGCAAUUGAUGGGAGUAAUUGCACCUGUGGAUUCCUCAGUUUUCUAUUUUUACCAUUUUUCCAUCCCUUCUGAGGAAUCCUGUUUAUCUUCGUAAAAAAUAGGACAAUUAGAGAAUUAGGCAAUCUAAAUAGGAAAUUGUUGUUUGGAAAUUUAGAUAAUAUACAGUGGGUUUUUUUUUUUCUUUUA